GCGACGAUGACACCUCCUUCAGACUGGAGCACAUUCUGGGCAAACUAUAACCUUUGCCACAUUGCUCGGACAGCACAUGCAGACAGAUGUCUACAUACCUACAACACUCAACCACGAAAUCGGCAUCACAGGAUCUCAACUCCAGACCAAUGGCUCGACAGAGGGGUUGAGCAGUAGUUCCGCAGACAGCGGAAUGCAAGACUAUCUCUUCGCAUUAUUUGCGCAGCGGUAAAAUCUUCAAACCAUGCGUUCAAAAAGAAAAUGAAACUGCAAGACAGACUAGGGCUCGAUGCGCCAGCAGACACUCGAAAGCGUUAAAGAACAAAGCAUUCAUCGACGACGCACCUAGUACAGCGUCGGGGUACCAACGGAUUCUGCGGACUUGCCACGCAGGUAGAAGUGGGAAAGUGAGACAGUGGGACGGUGAGGAAAAGCUACCACAUGGACAUUGGUUAUCGGACAGGAAUUAUUAAGAGCGCACAUCUU